GUUUGUGCUUAUGGACAAACAAACAGCGGAAAGACACAUACCAUGCGGGGAUCAAGGAGAGAGCCUGGGAUCAUUUCUCUUUCAGUUUCCGAUUUGUUUGAUUCCAUAUGCAAGGUAUACAUUUGCAGGAAGUGGACCUUGAAUUUUCGCUGCGAAUGUCUUAUAUGGAGAUAUAUAACGAGGAGAUACAUGACUUGCUGGCUCCUGAGCAUCGGAAAUUGCAAAUUCAUGAAAAUCCGGAGCGGGGAAUAUAUGUUGCUGAUCUACGUGAAGAAAAAGUUAAAUCUUCUGAUGAAGUCCUCAAUCUUAUGCAAUUUGGAGAAGCUCAUCGGCACAAUGGAAAGACAAAUAUGAACGUGUGCAGCAGUAGGUCUCACACCAUAUUUCGCAUGCUUAUUGAGAUUCGGGAUAAAACUGGCAAAUCUAGUGAUGCUGUCCGCAUAUCUGUUCUGAACUUGGUUGACCUUGCCGGUUGGGAACGUGCUGCAAAAACUGAAGUAGAGGGUAUCCGUCUCAAAGAGGGGUGUCAUAUCAAUAAAAGUCUAAUGACCCUGAGAACUGUGAUUAAGAAGCUGAGUGCAGGUGCCGAAAGUCAGGGGGGGCAUGUCCCAUUUCGCGACAGCAAACUUACACGCAUUUUGCAACCUGCUCUUGGUGGAAAUUCAAACACAGCUAUAAUUUGCAAUAUCACGCUUGCACAGAGCCAUGCAGAUGAAACUAAAAGCAGUCUCAAGUUUGCAAGUAGAGCACUUCGUAUUAAAAGUUGUGCCCACGUGAAUGAGAUUUUGACAGAUGCUGUUCUGCUAAAGCGGCAGCAGAAGGAAAUUGAAGAGCUUAAAGCCAAAUUGCAGGGUUCACAUUCUGAGCAUUCAGAAAAGAUCUUAAACUUGCAAAAUGCAUUACAUCAGAGUGAGCUGGAGAGGGAGCGAAUCACUCUGGAGUUGGAGGUGGAAAAGAAAGCCCAAGCUGAAUGUGAGAGACAUUUACAAGAGCAAGCCAAAAAAAUUGAAAACUUGAGCUCCAUCGUGUUGUACUCAAACAGGGAGGAUAAUCGACAUAAUUUCGAAAAGUGUAGGAGGCGGCAUACAUGGUGCCCUGGUAAUCUUUCGCGCGAGACACUUGUGGAGGCAUAUUCCCUGCCUAAUAUUCUGCGGCAGGAGAAAGAACAAGAUGAUGGCUUUGCAGCUUUUUCAGCUGGUCGGAGAGGGUUGGAUGCUUCUGGUGGUGCUGCAAAGAACACAUUGGGUGCUGCAACAGCUGUGGCACCGGAUGUUCUGUCCUUGCCUAUGAAGGAGAUGCUUCUGGAGAAGGAUGAGAGAAGAGAAGUUGGGAAAACAUACGGUGGAUCAAAGUUUGCAGUCAUUCGGGAAUAUUUGGAGAUUUUUAACACUGGUAGCAGGGAGGAACUAAUGGGAAUAAUGAGAAUUGGAGAGAAGAAGGCUACCGAGAUUAUUGAAUACCGCGAACAAAAUCACAAGCCAUUUCGGGAGCUUAAGGAUUUGGAGAGUUUGCAUAUUUCAACAAAACUGGUAUGUCCUGUCUUUCCGAGUCCGUUUUGUCCCAAGAUUGAACAUAUCGAUAAAAAAGAAAUUGAUUGUACGAAUUGGUUAUUCACGUCGCAGAUUAAGAAGUUGCUGGGGAUAAGGUAGAAGGUCCAACAGCUCUCAGCUUAACUUGUUGGCCAAAGAUUUUUGUAUGUGAUGGUCUCGGUGAAAACAGGUGAAAUUUAUCAAUGAACAAAUUAAUGAAAACAGUGACAAGAAUACGGUUCACAUAAUAUAGGGUCUGAUCUCUGUCUAGCAAGGUUUUUUUAUGUAGACACAAGAAAGAAAUGCAGAAAAUAGAGUUGCAGUUAUAUAUUCAUAUAAUGACAUUGUUUUGGCUGCUGCAAAAAAUUUAACCAAAUUCUUCUGUCUCUGCGCCCACUCAGAGGUUACUCAUUCGUAGAAACACAUAGAAAGAGGAUAAGGGAGAUGUAUGAUUUAUUUGCGGGUGGCCUGAGAGAAGGAGGUGUCAAGUAUAUGGAGAUUAGUGGUGGUUUGUAUUGUUGGGUGGAUAUGAGCGGACUUAUCUGCUCUCACAGGAGCUUGAGUUGUAGACAAGCUUCUGAAUGUUGCAAAAGUCAACGUGACACCUGGUUCGGCAUGCAUUCCAUAGAACCAGGCUGGUUUCGCUGUUGUUUUACUACAUUAUCUAAAGACAACACUCUUAUUGUAAUAGAAAGGAUACUUAAAGUUGCUGAAAUUCAUAAACCUUCAAGAUGAUGAAUCAUAUAUCACUUCUACAUAUUGUUUUUCAUAAAUAUGUGGUGACCAUUCAGAGGUCAAGGGGAGUUAAGGAGACAUGCACUGCUUCUUAGAGAUUGAAUGAGAUUUGGUUUAGCUUUUGGGAUAGCUUUCCAAGUAGAAAUUGAAUGAAAAUGGAAUAAAACUUAUUUCCAUCUUCAUAACCUCUGAAGCAACUUCACUCUUAGCUGACUCCUGUAAUUCAAACCUUUGAGCAUUUUGCUGCUGGAUCCAAACAUGCAGCGUCUGAAAGCACUCUUGUCUUGCAAAUUCCUGCAUUAGCAUGACAGAAAGGUAAUUCACAUUGAUUUUGUUGAGAAAAUUCUCAGAAACAUCUUCAGUCUAGCCCUGUUAGUUUCACUAAGGAAGCACCAUAAGUCCUGAUUCCUUCGAUACUCUUCUAAGGACUCUUUGUCUUGCACGAUAGUAGAAUGACACGUUAUUUGUUUGUGGACUAGGAUGCUACUGAGGGGAUUGGAGUUGACCGACUUCAUGUUUUACCUGCGCCAUUUCCUGCCAUUAGAGAUGAGGAUUACCUGCUCUCUGCUCUCUGAUCUCUCUGCGCAAGAGAUUAGCUUGACACUGAUACCGUGCAAGAGAGUUUUAGGAAGAUUCGUGUUUAUGUUCUCCUAAUAUGUUAAUCACCUUACUUUAAUUGUUUCUCGAAUUUUUGUUCAGAAUUAGACGAUGUCUUCCUCAAAGUUGUCUUACUGCAGCAGGGCUCAUCAGUUCCUGUAAAUUACUUGUUAUCUCUUUUCAUUGGCCGGGCACGUGGGCCGGCACAGCACAUAAUGGUGCUGGGCCUUCACGGGCCAUGCCUGGGCCCGUGGCCAUCGCUGGUAGUGACUGUGUAAAGGUUAUUUGUGGUUUAAUUACUUGGUUCUGG